GCGCGCACACACACAUUGUCCAAGCUGACGACGCCGACGCCGUACAAGCCGCCGCUCCCCUCCCUCCCGCAGCACAGAGAGCGCCUGGAUGCUGGGUGCCAAUGCGGGGAGGGUGCUGCAAGAAGGGGGCUCCGCCACCGCCUAGGUGGAAAGUUCACCACUGCAUCGGGCCAACGGGGAACUGACUUGGAGCAGCCAGCCUCCUGCAGGCAAAAACAAACAAGGAUCUGUGGAUCUAUCCGGGGGGGCUGAUCCUCCCCCAUGCAAACUUUGCAUUUCGCCCCACGCUGCCUUUAAAAGAAAAAAAGCCCCACUGACUCCCCUGAGAAAAAGCGCAGCUUUACUCUACUGCCUUUGCAAGGAAAGUAGCCUCGUGGUGGGGGGACAGCAGACGUGUGUGAAUUUUGGAUUGUCUGGAAUAUCACCAUUUGGACGUCAAGCCCCAAACCAAAAGUCCUGUUGGGAUGCAUUUUGGCUUGCCUGCUGCUGAAAGUACCCAUUAAGCUUGCUGAUCAGAAGGCCGCUGUGUUUUGAGGGAACCCUGAACCGGGGUUGACCAGAAGAUGACCGAGUACAAGCUGGUGGUAGUUGGGGCAGGAGGCGUAGGGAAAAGUGCUUUGACCAUUCAGCUUAUUCAGAACCAUUUUGUUGAUGAAUAUGAUCCAACGAUAGAGGAUUCCUACAGAAAGCAGGUCGUCAUUGAUGGAGAGACCUGUUUGUUAGACAUCUUGGACACAGCAGGCCAAGAAGAGUACAGUGCCAUGCGAGACCAGUACAUGCGGACAGGAGAAGGCUUCCUUUGUGUCUUUGCUAUUAACAACACCAAGUCCUUUGAAGACAUUCAUCAGUACAGGGAGCAGAUCAAGAGGGUGAAGGACUCUGAUGAUGUCCCAAUGGUAUUGGUGGGGAAUAAGUGUGACCUUCCAGCCCGGACUGUGGAAACCCGGCAAGCCCAGGAGCUGGCUCGGAGCUAUGGGAUUCCCUACAUAGAGACAUCGGCCAAGACUAGACAGGGAGUUGAAGAUGCCUUCUAUACUUUAGUGCGGGAGAUCCGGCAGCACAAACUACGCAAAUUGAAUCCCCCAGAUGAAAGUGGCCCAGGCUGCAUGAAUUGUAAAUGUGUGAUAUCAUGACUAAGCUGACCAGACUGUGACUUGGAGGGAUUUCCACUGUGUGUAGUGCAGAGACAGAGGCGACAUGAAAGAAGAAUCAAGUGGAUUCAAGGGAAGGGGACAGACGAGAUGGUGUCUGCAGGCCCCAAGAGCUCUGCACAGACUGUCUCAAAACUUCACCAGGGCCUGCAAUGAACUUUUUUUUUUUAAACGCUCCUCUCCUUUUCUCCCUCCCCCUCCUGGCAACUUGUACAAAGCCACAGAUGGAAGUAAAUUAUUGUAUGAUGGUCUUGA